AUUUUUAGGGGACAGCAGCAGCUGCAAAAGCAUUUAACGGUAUUCCACGAACAAUGACACUUGGGUUAUCUAAGGCCUGAAUGACACGCAGAUUGGGGGACCACUCUGAAGUUGUCAAAUGGGAAGCUGGUGUGGACACUGAAGAUCUGUUUUCUAUUCCUCCUAUGGGAAAGAAGGUCUUUAGAAAAGUACUGGAGUAGAACUUGGGACCUUUGAUGAAGAGCAUGUGUCUGAAUCUGAACUCAACUUGGGACGGUUGGCAUUGCUUCUUACCUCAAAGAGAGACUGCAAGUGCGGAAUGUAUGUUGACGGUCGUUCCUGGCGACUGAAGCGAGAAAUUUGCAGUGCAGAAGUUGGACUGUCUUCCCCCAGGUAAUAACUGCCACUUAUAACUAUCCCGGACUGCUUAAGGUGAAGUGAGGCUCACAACAAAGCAGAGAUGGAUGUGUUUGGUGGUGCACCACGUUUCUUGGCCUAUCCGAGACCUGUGGUGGUACAAAGUGGAACUGAUGCAGUCCUGAAGUGUCAGAUUGGUGGGGAUCCAAGGCCUGCAGUUAUCUGGGAGCGAAACAAUGAAAAGAUUGACCCACAGGGACGAUACAGGGUCUUCGAGGAUGGAAAUGUUUACAAUCUUAUCAUUUCAGCUGUGACCACAGAGGAUAGUGGCCAGUACAUAUGCAAAGCAAAGAAUAGCAUUGGGGAAACAUAUGCAGCGGCCACACUAAAGGUGGAAGGCGAAGCACAAGAGAUGGAGUUCCGAGAGGAAAAUAAGCCACGAUUCCUCAUCAAGCCCCUCUCCACUCGCGCCGGUCGUGGGGAUGAUGCUGUCUUCUCUUGUAAGCUCUGGGGAAACCCACGACCAGAGGUUGUCUGGGAAAAGGAUGGCAGGAAACUCAAUGAAAUAUUUGAAAGCACACAUUUCACUGUCGGCUUCCAGGACGGUGGUUGGUUCCAGCUCAAGAUCUUUAAGACUCGUGCUCCAGAUGGUGGUGUAUAUACAUGCAAAGCUAGGAAUGAGUUUGGGGAAGCAUUGGCUGGAGCUGUGUUGCUGGUUGAUGCAGGCCCAGGACAUGAGGAAGAGGGGAAUCGUAAUGGCUACACGAAUGGCCACUGGAAAGCCCAUCAGGGAAAACAGAGGAGCGGUAGGCAAGUGUCAAACCGGCUCAAAGACGACACCAUGACCAAGUCAACUAAAGUGAAAAUGUUUGCAGUGACAGAGGGUAAACAUGCCAAAUUCCGCUGCUUUGUGACUGGGAAACCCAAACCAGAAAUCAUUUGGAGGAAAGAUGGCAGGCUGAUACUGUCCGGAAGGCGUUAUUUGUUAUACGAGGACAGAGAAGGAUACUUCACUCUUAAAGUUCUGUACUGUAAGCAGAAGGAUAAUGGAGUUUAUGUUUGUGCUGCGUCAAAUACUGCUGGGCAAACCCUCAGUGCUGUACACCUCUCCGUAAAGGAGCCACCUGUGCAGUUCAAGCAGCCACUCAUUGAUCUAGAAGUAUGGGAACGAGAUUUGGCUGUUCUCGAGUGUGAAGUUCCAGAGGACUCUGUUGCCAUCACAUGGUAUCUGGAGGAUAGACGACUGCAGCCGGGGGCCAAAUAUGGAAUGGAGGAGUGGGGAACAAAACGGCGACUAACUAUCCGUGACAUCGGAGUUGACGAUGAUGGGAUUUACCUCUGUGAGAUGCCCGAUGGGGGCAGAAGCAUUGCAGAGGUUGCUGUGAAAGGGACAAUUUUGCGGAAGCUUCCAAGAAAAGUGGAUGUAUUGGAAGGUGAAAAUGCUGCCUUUUGUGUUGAAGUGGAAAAAGAAGAAAUGGACAUACAUUGGUAUAAAGAUGCAAUAGAGCUGCGUGAAACCCAUCAGACCAUCCUUAAGUCUUUCGGUAGGACUCACAUCCUGGUCUUCGUCAAUACAAUGCCCCAAGACUCUGGCCUUGUGACUUUCCUUGUAGGCAGAUCCAAGACUUCCUCUAUGCUAAGAGUGAAAGCGGCCAGACAUUGUCCUCCGAGUUGUCCAGUGGGUGUGCAGAUUAACACAGAGCGUGCUAAUGCAGCUCUUCUCUCAUGGGUUCCUGCUCAGGACUCACGAAAGAACCCCCCAUCUGGAUAUGUGCUUGAGCGACAAGAAGUGGGCACUGGCUCACAGGAGUGGCUACAGUGCCUGACCACUGACUCCGCAACCUCUGUAGAGAUCCUUGGUGACAGCGUACCAUGUGAAGCAGAUUAUCGAUUUCGCAUCUGCAGUGUAAACAAAUAUGGAAAGAGCAACAAUGUUGAGUUCCCUAGAGCUGUUCACUUAGUUCCAGUUGCCAGAAUUCAAGCUCCCUUACAGGAUGCCUUGGUACCCGAGGGGCAAGAUGCCCAGUUCUCUAUUGAGCUUUCUGCUUCAGUUAUUGGUACAUGGUUCUUAAAUGGUACUCAGCUUCAGGAAGAUGAACGUUAUUCCAUGCGUCGGUCAAGAACACACCAAUCUCUUCGCAUUCGAGGAGUACGUGAUACAGACAAUGGAGCCGAAAUCACAUUUAUUGCCUAUGGGAUCCGGGAUUCUGCAGCACUGUACAUUCAAGCUCCUCUUGUCAAGUUUUCACCAAUGUCAGAAAUGGAUCGAAACAAAUUUGUAGAAAUUGGAAACCCCAUAGUGCUGUACUGUGAGCUGUCGGACCCUGCAGCUCCAGUGCACUGGUACAAGAAUGGGGUGGAAUUACAGACAAUGGAGGGUCUGCAUAUCCAAUCAGAAGGCACCAUGAGAAGAAUUGUCAUACAAUCAGCAGAGUUCUCACAUUCGGGAGUGUAUUGCUGUGAUGCCAUUGAUGACGUCAUCAGGUUCAAUGUGGAAGUAGAGGCCCCACCUGUGAGGUUUUCAGCAAUUCCAGAUGCGGAGAAGAACAAAACCAUUGAAACCGGCAACCCCAUUGUUUUAUGCUGCGAGCUCUCAGAUCCUUCUGCCCAGGUGCACUGGUACAAAGAUGGGUCAAAGCUCAAUCCUCAAGCUGAUGUAGAAAUUCUAACUGAUGGCUUGGUGAGAAAAUUGAUUGUCCAUUCAGCAGAAUUUUACCACGCUGGGUCAUACUGCUGCAAGACAAAGGGUGACACCAUCACGUUCAGUGUGGACAUCAAAGCUCCAACUGUGAAGUUCUCAGCAAUGCCUGAAGAAAUGAGGACCAAGUCGAUCGAAGCAGGCAGCACUUUUGUACUCCAGUGUGUGGUGUCGGAUCCUGAGGCCCAUGUUUGCUGGUACAAGGAUGAAAUGCAGCUCAUUUCAAACUCUGGAUUAGAAAUCAACUCAGAGGGCAACAUAAGGACGUUAGUUGUUCAGUCUGCAGAGAUGUGCCACUCUGGUGUGUACAGAUGCACUACACAGGAUGAUACCAUGGAGUUUCAAGUGGAGAUCAAAGCUAUACCAGUGACGUACUCUACUAUCUUUGACGUUGAGAGAACCAAGUCACUUGAAGCAGGCAAACUUUUGGAGCUGAAAUGUGAGGUUGCAGACUCCACUGUGCCUGUCUGCUGGUAUGAAGAGGCUGUAAAGCUCUGCCCGCAGAAUGAUUGGGAUAUACAGAGUAAUGGCACGUUGAAGAGACUCAUUAUCCCAUCUGAUGAGGUCUUGCCCUCAGGGCUAUACAGCUGUGAAACCGCUGAUGACACUAAUCACUUCCCUGUGGAUAUUAAAGCUCCAAUGCUGCCGUUAUCACCCUCACCAGAGGUUGUGGAGACGCCGUCACUUGAAGCAACCUGCCCGACUGAACCAACAUGUGAAACCUCAGACCCUGAUUUCCAGGUGGAUAAAGAACAUGAUUCUAACAAAGAGCCUGAUUCUGAAAUGGGAGGCAUCAAGAAGACUCUUGUAAUUGAACCAACUCAUCCUUCAAACUCUGGAGCAUACUAUUGUGCAACAGUAGAUGAUGUUGCCCAAUUAAUAGUAAACAAUCAAGUGCCAGCUCCAACAUAUCUGCUUGGCCCUGGUGUUGCGAAGACUGAGUCUGCGGAAGUGGACUGCCAAAUUGUUCAGCAAUUUGAGAUUUCAGAUCCCAUUGCCAAAGCCUGUUGGUACAAAGAUGGAACCCAGAUCUACCCAAAAAGGGAAGCUGACUGUGAAUCACAGAGCGGCAGCCAAACCGUGCCCCUUCAGUUACAUGACUUGUCUGAUAAUGGGAGUUUUGGCUGUGAAACAUCUGGUGAUACACAGUUAAAUGUGGACAUGAAAGCAGAGCAGCGUCACUGUGGUGACGAGAUUGGUGAGAUAGCUGAUGCAUCUGCCCAAUACACUGUGGAUGUCAAAGCUACAUCGCCGAGGCUCUCUUCUGAACAAGAAAAGAAGUCCAAGGAAGAGGCAUUUCCUGUUGAAGUUGACUGCAUGUCCUCAAAAUGCAAUUCUGGUACCUUCUGUGGCGAGAGAGGAGAUGCACAGACAUACGAAGAACAUUCCAUUCCUAUGCCAACUUCCCAGUCAGCAUGUGGAUAUAUGACUGAAUGGAUUGCACCUAAACAGCCAAGGGAGCUCUCUGACAAUCAACAAACAACAAAUGCCCAAUCUCCUGUUUACUGUAACUCUGUAAAGCCAUCAAUGAUGCAAUCUGACACACAUCAUCACACUAAUAAGCUCAGAGAAUCACAUGGUGAGGAAUUCAUUUAUUAUCUACAGCAUGCAAAAGCCCAAUCUGAAGAGCUUGAUAAUUCCCCCCAGACAGCUGUCAAGACAGAUGAGAUCUGUAAUGUUCAACAAACUGCAGCGGUUGAAUCAGAGGAAGCCACUCUCAAGACUCUAACUGUCCCAUCAGAAGAGCUAAAUAGCACAAAACAGAUGUUAACUGUCCAGUCAGAGCUAGGUAACCCCUUACAGACUUCAACUGCCCAAUCAGAACACCAUACUAACCACAAAUCAGACAAGUUCUGUAACUCUUUAAAAACGGGAACUCUGCAGUCAGAGGAGUCCUUUAAAUCCUCAAACACUGUCCAACCAGAGGAGUCCUUUAAAUUCUCAAACAAUGUCCAACCAGAGGAGUCCUUUAAAUCCUCAAACACUGUCCAACCAGAGGAGUCCUUUAAAUCCUCAAACACUGUCCAACCAGAGGAGUCCUUUAAAUCCUCAAACACUGUCCAACCAGAGGAGUCCUUUAAAUCCUCAAACACUGUCCAACCAGAGGAGUCCUUUAAAUCCUCAAACACUGUCCAACCAGAGGAGUCCUUUAAAUCCUCAAACACUGUCCAACCAGAGGAGUCCUUUAAAUCCCCAAACACUGUCCAACCAGAGGAGUCCUUUAAAUCCUCAAACACUGUCCAACCACAGGAGUCCUUUAAAUCCUCAAACACUGUCCAACCAGAGGAGUCCUUUAAAUCCUCAAAUCCUGGCCAACCAGAGGAGUCCUUUAAAUCCUCACACACUGGCCAACCAGAGGAGUCCUUUAAAUCCUCACACACUGCAACUGUCCAACCAGAAGAGUCCUUUAAAUCUUCAUCCACUGCAACUGUCCAAUCACAAGAGUCCUUUAAAUCCUCACACACUGAAACUGUCCGACCAGAGGAGCCCUUACAAUCCACACAUACUGGAACUAUCCAAUUAGAGGAGCCUUUUAAAACCUUACAAACGGCAAUUGUCAAGUCAGAGGAGUGCUGUAGCUCCAUACAACUGGCGGCUGCCCUGUCAGAGAGGCUUUUUGAUAGCUUACAAACUGAAACUGUCCAUUCAGAGGGACCCUAUAACUCCUUAUGGACUGCAACUGACAAAUCAGAGGAGUUAAACAGACUUCUACAGACAUCAACUGUCCAACUGUCUACUACAUCCCCUCAAUCAUUGGACUUAUAUAACUCUGAAGAGGCAGAAACGGGCAAACGAAGAAAGCAUUACAUCUUGCAAAAGUCUGCGCAUGUCACAUUGGAUGACCACAAAGGCCAAGCAGUACCUAACUGCUCGAAGGUACUGUAUCAGUCCAUGAGCACAACAGUCCCAGCAGAGAGGCAUUACACCAUGAAGGCAUCAGAAGACCAAGUAGACUGCAUAAUUAACUCUGGGCAGAGACCAUCUUCCCAGUUUGCAGUGCCUCAGUAUGUUAAGCAGACACCUACUGUCCAAUCAGAAGAGAUCUAUCUAUCAAAGACAUAUGACAGUCACUGGAGUGACAGUGUCACUGCAAAUAAGGUGGCUGUUGAAGCUCCACCCGUGAGAAUUACAACACAUUGUGAGGCUGAAAGGAACAAGUCUGUUGAAGUUGGUGAACCCAUAGUGCUGCGGUGUGAGAUAUCAGAUCCUAACGCUCAAGUUAAUUGGUACAAGGAUGGAAUGAAUCUACGUGAAACAGCUGGGCAAGACAUCUUGACAGAGGGCUCCAUAAGAACACUGGCUAUCCAGUCAGCGAUGCUGUCUCAUUCAGGGAUUUACAGCUGCAAGACAACAGAUGAUGCAAUGCAGUUUCAUGUGGAUGUUGAAGCUCCACUUCUGAAGUUUUCAGCUUUGUCUGAGGGUGAUCAGAAAAAGACGGUCAUGACGGGCUUUCCCAUUGCUCUACAAUGUGAGCUGUCAGACCCCACUGGACAAGUCAGUUGGUACAAGGAUGGAACAAAGCUCUUACCUGAAAAUGGUGUAGACAUCCAGUCAGAGGGAAAUUUGAGGAGUCUAGUUGUCCCAUCAGCCGAGCGAUCUCACACUGGCGUUUACCGCUGUGAGUCAAAGGAUGAUGACAUCCAGUUUGCUGUGGAAGUAAAAGCACUACCUGGGAAGUUCUCAGAGCUUCAAGAGAGCGACAGGACCAAGUCCGUUCAAGAAGGUUCUCCCAUUGUCCUCAGCUGUGAACUUUCUGAUGAUCCUUCUGCUCAUGUCGACUGGUACAAGGAUGGGUUGAAACUCCUACCACAAAACAAUACGGAAAUACAGUCAGAUGGUCUAAAGAGGACACUACUCAUUCACUCAGCUGAAAACAUACAUGGUGGCACCUAUGAAUGUUCAACAUCAGCCGACACCAUUGCAUUUAAAGUGGACGUAGAAGGCCGAUCGCCACAGAUCAUGCCAAUCCCACUGUCAGAAAAAUACAAGAUGAUUGCACUUGGUUGUCCAAUUAUCCUCCAGUGUAAGGUCUCAGACCCUCUCGCCCAGGUUUCCUGGUUUAAAGAUGAGUUGGAGCUUUUUUGCAAAACUGGCCUUGAUAUGAAAAGAGAUGGCACCCUGAGAAAAUUAAUUAUCCAUUCUGCUAAGGUCUCUGAUUCUGGCCUCUACAGUUGUAGCCUGGCUGAUGAUGUUGUGGCAUUCCAUGUGGACGUUGAAGCUUCUCCUGUGAGGUUUUCAGCCCUUCCAGUGGUCGCAAGAAACAAAUUUGUUGAAGCAGGCUGCCCAAUUAAGCUGCAGUGCGAAGUAUCAGAGCAAACUGCCCAAGUCUAUUGGCACAAGGAUGGAGAGCAGCUAUUUCCAAAGAGUGAAUGGGAAAUCCAAACAAAAGAAAAAUUGAGAGCGUUGGUUAUUCCAUCAGCAGAAGUCAGACACUCUGGGUUGUACAGCUGUGAGGCCGCAGAUGACCGUAUAGAAUUCAAGGUGGAUGUUGCAGCUAUUCCAGAGGCUGAGAGGAGCAAAUCUGUUGAAGCAGGCAGCCCGAUCAAUCUGCAGUGUGAGAUCUCAGACCCUACAAGCCAGACCUGCUGGUGUGAGGAUGGAAUAAAACUCUUGCCGAAAUCAGGAAUAAACAUCGAUUCAGAGGGCAAAGAGAGGGCACUUGUUAUGAAGUCGGCCACGUCUUCAUGUUCUGUGGUGUACAGUUGUAAAACUGAUGAUGAUUCAGAUUUCAACGAUUUCUAUGUGGAGGUGAAAGCGCCACCGGUAACAUUUGUUGAUAUCCCAGAGGAGGACCUUUUCAAGAGUGUUGUGGAAAACGAACAGCUUGUUCUGUCAUGUGAAGUAUCAAGGGCUGAUGGUGUUGUCCAUUGGUACAAAGAUGGAACUGAAAUGCAACCAUGCAACAAUAUCACAAUGCAAGCAGAGGGCAACACAAGGAAUCUGACAGUACAUUCAGCCCAAUUGUCCGACACAGGCACAUACACAUGCCGUGCAGGGGACAACGUUCUAAUGUACAAGGUUAACAUACGAGAACCCCCGGUGGUGAUAAUCUACCCCAAGGAGGACGUCCACCUUGACCGUCAUGUCCCUGAGGAAAUUAUUCUUAGCUGCGAAUUGUCUCGUCCAAAUGGUGUUGUCAGCUGGUACAAAGAUGGCCAAAAGCUGCAAGAGAGCGAGAACAUCAAGCUCAAGAUAGAAGGCCCUUAUCGACGGCUGAAGAUUAUUUCUAGUGGAGUCGAAGAUUCUGGAGAAUAUGUUUGUGAUACAGCUGACGCUUCAAUAUUCUUUCACCUUACUAUUACAGAACCUCCGGUGCGGAUUGUGUCCCCAAGUCAGUCCCAAAUGGAACUGUGCCAGCAGACCUCUGAGAGGAUGGUAUUGAGCUGCGAGAUUUCACGGCCCAAUGCAGUGGUACGCUGGUAUCGAGACGGACUGGAAGUGGAGGAGAAUGACAACCUUAUCUUAGAGGUGGAUGGUGUCUACAGAAGACUUAUUAUACCAGAAACUACCGUCAAAGAUUCAGCUGAAUAUGUCUGUGAUACUGCAGAUGAGUCUGUGACAUUCUUUGUAAACAUAGCAGAGCCUCCUGUUCGCUUCGUACGUCCAAGGAAGAUGGCAGGAAGAGUGGACAAAGUGGUUGGGGAGACUCUGGUUCUAGACUGUGAGGUUUCAAGAUCAAAUGCCGAGGUCAACUGGAAGAAGAAUGGGGAAGAAGUAGAAGACUCCAAAAAUAUCACCAUCCUUGAGGAUGGUGUCAUGCGUCAACUAACUGUUCACUCACUAACAAUGGAAGAUGCUGGGAAAUAUGUCUGCGAUGCAAAGGAUGAUGUGAUGGAUUUCACUGUAAACGUGCAAGAGUUGCCUGUAAAAAUUCUUGGAAAAACCGAUGCAAAGACAGAAAAGCAGUUCUUAGUAUCAGAUGACAUCAUUCUUGUGUGUGAACUAUCAAGACCCAAUGCCUCAGUCAGCUGGUACAAAGAUAAUCAGCUAAUUGAUAACACUGAGCGAUACUGUAGCGAGGAGCAAGGCGUUUUCCGAUCACUGGUUGUCUUAAAUGCUGGGCUUGAAGAUUCAGCAGAGUACACCUGUGAUGCAGUGGACGAUAAGAUGGUCUUCUAUAUCACUGUCAAAGAGCCUGAAGUGCAGAUCAUUGGGAACUCAGGCCACCCAGAGCAUCAUAUCCUGGUAGAAGGAGAUGACCUUAUUUUGGAGUGUGAGGUGUCUCGGUCAAAUGCCCCCGUUCAGUGGUUAUGCAAUGGCGUGAUACUGAAACCAGACACUCGUAUAAAAAUUGACAGCUAUGAAGUUGUGAGGAAGCUUGUCAUCACUGGACUCCAGCCCUCCGACUCUGGUAAAUACAUUUGCGAUGCCAUUGAUGACAAACUGACAACGAUUGUUGAAGUCCAAGAGCUGCCAGUCAAGUUUGAGAAUAAAAAAGCAAACAAUAACGUCUCAGCCUAUGAAAAUGAGAGCGUUACGCUGCGUGCCAUUGUGAGCCGAGAAAGAGCUAAUGUUCGGUGGGUGAAAGAUGGCCAACUAUUGAACGGGGACAACAUUCACAUCUCCAGUGAGGGUAAUACCCACAAGCUCACUAUUAAUCCCCUGCAGCUGUCAGAUUCUGGGGAAUAUGUCUGUGACGUAAACACAGAUGAGAUGUAUUUCAGUCUUUUAGUCAAAGAAAUGAAAGUGAAAUUUAUCCGACCACUGGAGAAUGCUUUGUCUCUGGAGGGCAGUACCCUUAUAUUACGAUGUGAGAUAAACAAGCCCAAAGGAGAUGUUCAGUGGCUAAAAGCUGGCCACGAGAUCUCUCCAAGCCGUCGGCACACGAUAAGGGCACAAGGCCGCGAACGAAGCUUUACCAUCCACCAACUAGUGAAAGAAGAUGCUGGAGAAUAUGCCUGUGAAUCCACAGAUGACAGGACCUCAGCUACUGUCACUGUAGAAACUCCCCGUGUUGUUGAGUUCAUAGCAGAGCUCCGUAACAUCACGGUCUGUGAAGGAGAAGAUGCAAUAUUUAAGUGUGUGGUCUCACCAGAGGACAGUCGGUUGGUGUGGAGCUUAAAUGGCAAGCAAGUAACUCUAAAUGAGCGCACUGUCACUUCAAGUAACGGACUAUGCCACAUGCUCUGCAUCCACAACUGCAUGGUUUCAGAUAGCGGCAGAGUAACAGCUGAUGCAGAGGGGUUGGUAUCAGAGGCAGAACUCCACGUUCAAGAGCAACAGGUGUUGUUUACCAAGAAGAUGACACCAGUUGUAGCUGAAGAGUACAGUGAGGCAACUCUAGAGGUGGAGGUGAGUCUGGAUUCAGGAGAAGUGCAGUGGAUGAGGCAAGGGGUGCUGAUCCACCCUGGAGCCAAGAAUACCCUGAAACACAAGGGCCGAAAACACAGUCUCACCAUCUACAAUCUGGCCAUGUCUGACCGGGGCACCUACAGCUGUGAAACCCUCCAUGACCGCACGCAAGCCCAGCUCACAGUGGAACCUAGAAAAAUCACAAUCAAGAAAGGGCUGACUGACAUUAAAACCACAGAGAGAGAAACAGCAUCUUUUGAGGUGGAGCUCUCCCAUCCCGAUGUCCAAGGAACCUGGAUGAGAAACGCAAUCCAGCUCAAGCCAACAAAUCACUUCCGUAUGAGUUCCAAAGGACAAGUCCACAGUCUCACUAUCUCUAACCUAUCAGUGGAAGACACUGGCACCUUUAUGUUCUGUGUAGACAAUCUGAAGACGACUGCGAGGCUUGUUGUGAAGGAGCCUCCAGUGACCAUUUUCAGAAAACUGGAAGACCAGAAAUUCCCUGACGGUGCAGUAAUCUCUAUCGAGUGUGAGCUAUCAAGACACAAUGUUGAUGUGAAAUGGAUAAAGAACGGGGUUGAGCUGAAGCCAAGCAAGGACUUGCGAAUUUAUGCAAUGGGAAGGAAACGGUUUCUUCAGAUCAUGAAAUGUCAUGUCAGUGAUUCUGGCAUGUACACCUGCGAUGCUGGAGAUACUACUACAUCCUGCACUGUGGAGGUCUACGAGCGUGAGCUGCUCAUCCUGCAGCGCCUGGUGGACGUGGACAUCCAGGAAGAUCAGAACGCGGUGUUUGUUUGUGAGGUCUCAGUGGAGGAUGUGCCAGGAGAAUGGUACAAAAAUGGGGAGAGAAUACAACCGACCAGCACCAUCAAGAUACGGCAGGAAGGGACCAAACAUUUUCUUCUUAUGUGCAAUGUGAGAGCAGAGGACUCUGGAGAGAUCAAGUUUGUCACCAGACAUGUUGAAUCUGUCGCUUCCCUGGAGGUGGAAGAGAUUCCUGUCAACAUUGUGAAGCCUCUGCAGGAUACGACCGCCCUGGAGAAGAGCCGCGUGCUCCUCGACUGCACCGUGUCCAACCCCAGAUGUAGCAUCCGCUGGUACAAAGGCAGCAAUGUCGUGCUGCCCUCCGAACGCUUUGAGAUCUGCAGUGAAGGCUGUUAUCGGAAACUGAUCAUCCAGCAGGUGGUGCUGGAUGAUGAGGGCACGUACAGCGUGCAGGUCGGAGAGUAUACAUGCUCUGCAAAACUGACAGUGGAGGCCCAGUCAGUGUUAAUGGUGAGUGAGCUGAAGGAUGUGGAGGUCACGGCCCCUGGUGAAGCCUGCUUUGAAUGUGAGGUCUCAGUCCCUGUUCUCAAAGCUCCUAUGUGGAGUCUGAAUGGGGAGCCGCUACAGCCCAGCUCUCGGGUACGCCUGGAGAAGAUGGGCACGGUCCACAGGCUGACCCUCAGACAAACCUCCCCGGACAUGAGCGGAGUGGUGGAGUUCACCUCUGGGAAAGCACAAAGCAGAGCCCAGCUUCGGGUACUGAGUGAUCCGUGAGUGACAUCUUCCAUCUGUCAUCACCCAGUUGAUACGGACUGACUAAAACUAUAUUAAUGCUUUUUAAGUUGUAACAUUGACAUUGCUCAUAUAUUUACAAACAGUAUGUCUAUAAAAGUGGUUUAAACAGGGUUGUGACAGAUUUUCAUGCAGUUCAGUUAAAUCAGGGAGUGGAUUUUCUUAUAGUUACCUGCCUUUAAGAAUUGUCUUUAUGAAAUUUCUGUUAAAAUGAGUCAUAGUCAGCAUGUGAAUACAUAUAAACAGUUCCAUUAUUCCAUUAACUGCAGUUUGUCUGUAAACUAUGUCCUGUGUGUAAGUGGUCUGACUGUAACCAUGUUCAGGUCUAAGCUGAAUGUGUAUUUGUUCCAAUAAAUAUCUGAUUCAAAAACAAGUAAAUGGUUAGAAUGAUACAAGGAUGGGCGGUCUAUGUCAAGAGUUCCAUAGUUUGAACACAAUCCACCCACAAUACAUGUAAAGAGACAUUUAACUUUAUAGGGUCAUUUCUGAAGCCAAAUGCUAAUGUAGAACAAAAACUACAUGUUUUAUCAUCUUAUCUGAUUUUGUUCAGGCUGCAUACACACACUUAAUGUGUAUGCUGUCGUAGCUUUUUAAGAUAUUUGCAAGUUCAAAAAAUGACUUUUUGUUCCGGGUCACCAACCCAAACUGGAGUUUUCUGCUUUGACACAUAUUUUCAACCACAGCUGACUUACGGACUACACGUGCAGUUGUGCCACUUAUUAAGCAUUAUAAUCGGAUUUGUACUCUGUAAUCUUCCCAUAUAUCAAAGCAUGGUUUUGUGUGGCUGUUGCGUGACAGUGAUUUUUGUCUUAGUAUUAUCACAUAGAAAACACAAUAUUAAGUUUCCAGUUGUCUACUGCCAUGUAUUGAGAUAAAAUUAAGGAUUUCAAAAUGGAUUAUCCAAACAAACAUCUCUUUUCAUCAUUUGUCCAUUGUAUAGAAUUUUUUGUUUGUUAUUGUUUCGAUGAGAAGUUUGAAUAAAGACAGUUCUGUCUUGCAGCAAGGGGCUUGUAAUGUAAAUACAUUGGGCCAAAAAUCGGGUAAUUUAGGAAAGAAAUAGAUUAUAGGAAAUUACUUGAUCACCUUGAUUGAUAAUCAGGGCAUGCUAGUUUUAACGUUGUGUGUGUAUCAUGUUUGAACUUAAUGGAAAAUGAUAGUUGUUUUCAUAUGAAAUCUGUUCCAUAUUCCAUUUUUCCAUUUGACUUGUUUCCACCUCUGCCAUGCCAUGUUGUGUUGAGCGUUACACAUGUGAAAAAAAAAGUACUGUUGUGAAAUAUGACCCGUUUCAAUAAAACAUGCUUUAUUGAUGCCAGGUAAAAAUA